AUGGCAGAUCAAGAACAAGAAUUGGAGAGGGUGAGCUCAGAACUCGAAGACCUACAAGGAAACAUGGGUCAAGUGAUGGAGAUACUACAAGUCAUUAGGGCCAAGUUGGACACCCAAACGACGGUCGUUUCAGAAGUCACCGGUCCUACGAUUGAACCCCAACCUGCAAGGACAGUACCAACCACUUGGCCAGCCUAUGGUUUACCUCCCGGUUUCACACCUCCAGUUGAAGGCGCCCCUGGUUUUGUACAAUCCACUCAGCAGACGGUUCCUCUACCAGCUAUCAAUGAAACUCACACAGUGGUCCACACGUUCGCACCACCCCUUGUCCGUGCACACGUGCAACCUUAUUUUGAGGAUCAACAACAUGCUCCGGAAUUUUCGAACGAAGAUGAUGAAAGGCAGGAAGACAUAAGAGGGAUGAAAGAGAAUUUCCAGAUUCUUGAGAAAAGGUUAAGGGCUAUGGAAGGUGACCAAGUUUUUGGUAAUGCUACUAAAGAGAUGUGCUUAGUGUCAGGUCUUGUGAUUCCUGCGAAAUUCAAGACCCCGGAUUUCGAUAGUUUUCAAAGAAAGAAAGAGGGUGAAACAAAUGCAGUGUCAACUAGUCAAAGGAGGAGUCAUUCAUGGAAAAAGCAACACAAAUUUUCUCAGAAACAACCAACUUAUCCAGUGCAGUAUGUUCAACAACCGUAUGUGGCAACAGUCACACUAAAUUUCAACCAGUCACAAGCUUCUGUCUAUCAACCUAUUCAACAAGCACCAGUAUACCAACAAGCACCCACGCCACCUGCUUAUCAACAGCCAAGGGCACAGGCUCCCCGUCCACAAAAUCUUCCAAAUCAAAAUAGGAUUGAUAGUGGCAUCAGACUCACACUUGCUCCAAAAUCUAUUAGUGCCUUUUUGAAGGCUACCAGUUCUUCUGUUAUUGGUUUCUUUUCGGCCAUUACCUCUUCCAUGAAUUUCUUGUACAUGGGCAUUCUUUUGAGUGCUCCAAACAAAGACAUAUGA